AUGGACUCACCAGAACCCGCUAAGACGCAUUACGUGCGUUGUUUAAAAUGCAACAAAAUUCUAGACUGCUCUCGCUACGACACCAACGCUCUACUCGAACAUAUUCGCACCGAUCAUCCCGAACUUGAAGUCGUUAAUAACGGCAGCAACGGCAUGCCACGCAACGGCAACACGGCCAUGCGUGAAGCAGCUAACAACAUAGUUGUGCCACACGAAACGAUCGAUGACAAUGCCGCCACAUUCCAGCCGACAAUGUUGGAACGCACCGCUGGCAGCCAGUCCGAGGAGUUUGAGCGCUUUCAGCCCCGCUCCACUUCAUCACGCGAACAUAUGCACAUACGCUCACAACGUGGUAUCUUUAAAAUGCCAGUCGACAGCCGAGACAAAAUGGAAAUGCCCAACUGUGAUCUACGUGAUGACCGCAGCAACGACGGAAGCACUGUCCAUACGCGCCGCUACCAAGUGCACACGCCUUCGUCGCAUUUUAAUUACAAUGAGAAACCCAAACGCAGCCUCUACCGCACUUCGAUCGAAAAGUGGCGGCCCGCCACCGGUACUAUCUACUGUCCAAAAUGCGGUGCCAAUCGUCGGCCGCUGAUACGCACACAAACCGAACGCAGCUCCAACAAUUCCUGCUGCGCCGUUUGCAUACUCGGCUGUUGGCCGUUCUGCUUCCUGCCCUUUCUACUGCCCAAUGACAACAAGGAGUACCUUCAUUGCUCCAACUGUAAGACCUUCCUGGGGCUGUACGAUCGCGCCAAUAAUUGUGUGAAGCCAAAUCGGGAGUAUUGUCAAACGGAGGAGACGUUGAUUAAAGAGACGGAUAUGCGUGCGACGGGCGGGGAAUGUAAGGAGAAGCGGAGUUGUCGGUGUGCUUGA